UAAUUCCUUUGAUAUUCUACGUAGUCUUUGGCUUAAUCAUAUACAAAUUGAUGGAAAAGAUAAAGAAGUUGAAGAAAAAUGCAGAAGAGAAAGAACAUAAUUACGAAACCAUACAAGAAAAAGCAAGUCCUUUCAACGACCCAGUUUCUCAACCAUCAUAUUCGAACGUGCUAAAAGAAACUGCCGGUUACGAACAAGCUCUUCCUGCGUCAACUAAGAAAACACAAGUGGAGUCAGCUUACGAACAGCCAUCAUCUUCAAAUGUGCUGCAAGAAGCUGCCGGUUACGAACAAGCUCUUCCUGCGCCAGCUAAGCAAACACAAGUGGAGUCAGCUUACGAACAACCAUCAUCUUCAAAUGUGCUGCCGAAAGCUGCCGGUUACGAACAAGCUCUACCUGCGACAACUAUGAAAACACGAGUGGAAACAGCUUACGAAACUUAG